AUCCCUCCUAGUUGGUUUGUUUUGUCAUGGCUUCAAUGUUGGGACCAAUGGGGAUAUAAUUUCAUAGUGUUAGCCAACCUCCAAACCCAAACGCACAGAAAAACUUCCACUCUAAUCAGUAAUCUCCUCUCCAUCCCUCUCCUCCUCCCGGUGCAAGCAGAUUGAUUGCCUUCCAAUUUCCAAGUGUUUGUUGUCUCUUUCCCGAAAACCCAAUUAAUAAUUCAGAAUACAUCUUUGAUAGACUGCGCAGUUCUCUUUUUUGGUCUCUAGAAAUUGAAAGAAACCUCUUGGCCUAACACCCUUCGUUUUUUCUCGCUCUCGUUGAUUCACAAUUUCACCUCGUUCCACUGUUUCGCAUUGAGAUACACACGACACGAGGCCUCGAGAGUCGAGAGCCGUACCAUCGGGGGCUCCGUUUCCGCCGGUAUGAUUGAUCUCUUCGGUUCACUUUAAUGCCAUGCCUCGUUCUCGGUCGCUUCGUUCCUUUUACACGUACCUGACCAUUUUUCCUGCUCUCCUCGGUUCGAAGUCCAAGCUCCCAGAAGUUUAUUGGCCAAUCUAGGGCUUCCAGUUCUUGGGCUUUGUAUUUCAUGUUAUUUACCAUAAUGGGUCUGGGUCCCGGGAUUCGUUUGCUUUCGCUCAUGCUUAUCCAGGGGAUAGCCUUGUCAUUUUUACAAGCACGACUUGACUGAGAUGACCAUGUUCUUGGUUUGUUGUCCUUAACAUUUAGAAGCCCUUCUUGGCCAAUUUUGCUGCUUACUGGUAGUGCUUUCUGACCAAUAGUUUUUUAGUACCAUUCCUUCAGAUUAUACAAGUUCCUUUAAUUAUUUGAUUGUCCGUGGUUAUGGUUGAAUUGAGUUUUUCUUGACCAAGUUCUGAUAUUGUACAGUCUGGUAAAUAUAGAAAAGGGGAAGGGAAGAAACUUGAAAAGAAGCUUAAUUUCCGUGUCAUGACAGUUAUGGAGGAUUAGGGUUUGGGAGUUUUGAUUGAGAUCAGCAGUGACGUAUUUUCUUUGGGGGUAUAUGCAAGGCGAGCUUUGGUAUUGACUGAAAAUAAAUUUAAAGUGACAUCGGAUUAAUUAUUUUUGUUCUUUCAGAAAAUUAGUUUAGAAUAACGACGGGUGGUUGAGAAGUUUUACACGAAAGACUAAUUGGGGUCCGUUGAAUUUUAUUUGAUCAUGAUCGGGACAAGUUAUGGAUAGAAGUGAGCCAGCUUUAGUGCCCGAAUGGUUGAAAAGCAGUGGAAGUGUCACUGGUGGGGGCGGUACCAACCAUCAAUUUUCUUCAUCUUCAUUGCACUCAGAUGAUCAUGCCAUAUCAAAACAUGCAAGAAAUGUGUCAUCCAUGAGUGAGUGUGAUCAUGACCCGGGUCACUUAGUUGCUUCAGAUCAAGCCACUUCCUUUAAUUUUCACGGGAUUUCUAGUGGUAAUAGUUCUGUUCACACACGGUCUUACAGUAGUUAUGGUAGAAGCUACCGUGACAGGGAUUGGGAGGACAUUGUUGACUACCGUGAUCAGGACAAGUUGGUUUUUGGUGACCACGGGCAGCAUGACUAUUCUGAUCCUCUUGAUAGCAUCUUACCCAAUAGGUUUGAGAAGGAUGUGCUACAAUGUUCAGAGUCUAUGAGUACAGGAAAUCAUGGGGACACAUGGCCAAGGAAAGUGGCUGCCUGCUCAAAUAAUGCUAAAAGCAAACACAGAAGUAGUGAUCGUUUGCUUGGUGUGAGUAGUGUUGUUAGCAGUAGCACUAAAAGUGCAUUUGAAAGGGACUUUCCAUCACUCGUAGCUGAAGAGAGACAACAUGGUUCUGAUAUGGGAAGAAUCUCAUCUUCUAGCUUGAACACUGUCAUUCAGAGUUUGCCAAUUGGAAAUUUGUCUGUGACUGGUUGUGAUGGCUGGAAGUCAGCUCUAGCAGAGGUGCCUGUGAUUGCUGGAAGCAAUUGCACAGGUGCAGUUUUGGCUCAACAGACUAUUUUUGAAAGCUCAGCUUCUUUGUCUCCAAGAGCAGGGACUGGCCUCAAUAUGGCUGAGACAUUGGCUCAGGGCACCCCGCGCACACCUUCUCAUUUAUCUAUUGGAACUCAAAGGCUUGAAGAGAUGGCUGUGAAGCAAUCUAGGCAAUUAAUUCCCAUGACACCUUCCACGCCAAAAGCUCUGGUGUCCAGUCCUUCGGAGAAAUCAAAACCCAAUAUUGGGCAGCAGCAUACAUUUUCAUCACACCCUGUUAACAAAACUCCACGUGGAGGGUAUGCAAAAUCUGAUGUUACAAAGAUACCUGUAGGCAAUCUGCGCAUCCUCAAUCCAUCACGAGAGUCGAAGGGUAUCUCUUCGACUCCUAAGGAUGGCUUGAGUCCCACUGUUGGAAGCAGAGUAGCCAAUAGCCCAUUUGGUCUCACUCCAUCUGCUGCUGCGUCUGCUCCCCCUAGGAACUUGAGCAACAAUUUAAGCCUUGCCAGUGCUGAGUGCAGGCCAACUGCUUGCCGGACAACUGUGGACAAGAAAACAUUGUCUCAAGCUCAGAGCCGGAAUGAUUUCUUUAAAAAUCUUUCGAGGAAGAACUCUUCUGCAAACCACUCUUCUGUCAUCCCUGAUCCUGGCCCAGCUAUCUCUAUCCCUGAGAAUUCUGAUAAAUUGGUCACAGAAGCUUCCACUGCUGAUCCUGUUACUCUUCGUAGUAGAGAUGCCCCUUUAUCUGAUACUUCUAAAAGUUGGGGCCAGACAACUCCCAAUGGUUGUGCUUGUGAUGUGUCUCAGAAAUGUUUGGGCAAUGCAGAGGAGUACUCCAGGCCUAGUAUGAUUCUUCAUCCAGAUGAGGAAGAGGCUGCAUUUUUACGAUCACUUGGGUGGGAGGAAAAUGCCGGAGAGGAUGAAGGCCUUACGGAGGAGGAGAUCAGUGCUUUCUACAUGGAGUACAUGAAACUGCGGCCAUCAUCAAAACUUAUGCACGAAAUGCAGCCAAAUAUAUCACCAGCUCUUAACUCACAACAGAGCAGCUGUAGCUGUGCUUCGUCUGAAUUGGUUGUGUCUGCUGGGUCAGAAUCUUGAUUUGGAAAAUGACCGAGCAAAGCUAGGAAGUCUGAGUGUGAUUGUGGAGGUGAUAUUCUUAUAUUUUCUUUUUGGUUUCGAUUCAUUUUAAGCAGCAGAUUCGAGCCAAGUUGGUUUUAAGGGGGAGAAAGAUAAUGGGGAUGUCUGCCAUUGGUGUGUGCCGAAAGCCAUGUGGAAUAAUAAUCUGUAAAUGUUCCAUUCCCGAGAAUAAGGAUUGAUGUGCUCGGCCCGAUUUUAACUUGGGAUUUUCGUGGUUGGAAGGUUGAUAUAUAGAAGAAGUAGGAAUUUGUGUUUUACAUUGAUAUGCGAUGGAAGAAGUCUCCCUUGGAAAUAUGAUGAGUAAAGUGGAUUUUUCCUUCCUGUGUGGAGCUUAUGAUUUCGUUAGUCAUUUGACAAGGAAAAAGGAAAAAGGAAAAGGAAAAGGAAAAGGAAGCGAGAAUUUGUAAAUUAUAAAUCCGAAGUUUAUAUAAGAGGAAUGAUGCCAUUUUUUUUUUUGAUAGAAGGAAUAAUGCCAUUGAUGUUUACAGAGAAAGCUCAAGGA